AACCUGGGAGUAACUUCCGGGUCCUGAACGUUUGAUGACAAACGUCUGUGUUCAGAUAUAAAUAUUAAUCGCCUUCAAAUAUGUAGUUAUCAAUUUGAUGAUGUAUACGUUGCAGCAUAAUAUCAAGGAGGAGCUGGACUAACUUACACACGUCUGAUUUAAUCACCGAUUUUAUGGCUCUCUCAUGAAUCUCAGACAAGACAUGUAAACUUCUCCGACCACACUGAUACUACCUCAGCUGUCUACACGAUGCGGUUCAACAGCAAGGAGCUGGCGUACGUGGCCACCCACUCCACCACCAUCGACAAAGAAGGGGUGCUCCGUAUGAAGGAUAAACAAGAUGGACUCUUCAAGAAGGGGGAAACAUACCAAGAGAGAUACUUUAGGCUUAAGGGGAACUUACUUUUCUACUUCAAAAAUAAAGAAAAUAGAAGUGAGCCGCUUGGUGUCGUCAUCCUGGAGAGAUGUACUGUGGAGCUUGAUCUCAAGGAUGAUGUCAGCAACUCCUUCCUUCUAGUGUACGAGGGGGAGGACCACCCAUAUUACUUUGCAUGUUCCUCAGAGGAGGAGCGAGACAGCUGGAUCCAGGCUCUGCACAUCGCAAGCUACGAGUGUCUCAACAUGCAGCUGCAAAGUCUCCGCGAACAGCUGCAGGCUAAGACUGGCAGAGACCCCAUUCAGCUGCCUUCUCACCAACAUGCAACACUGGACUAUGAGUCUCAAGGAGACCCCAAUGAAGAAGCCGUGCUGGAAAUAUCGCUUUCCUGCAGUGACCUGCCCACAGACAGCAGUGGACAACCGCCCAACCCCCUGGUAGUUGUGCACACCAUGACUCCCCCACUCCAGCAGCUGUGGGUCAAACACAACCACACAGAGGUGGUAGAGAAAUGCUACAACCCCCAGUUUCUGAGGACCAUUGGUUUUGGUGGGAGUGAAGGUGUGGAGACCGGUACCCGAGUCCGGCUGACCGUCUAUCAUGUUGUGGAGAGGAUGACAGGAACUAUGUCACAGCUGGGUCAGACAGUGUUCUCCCUGCAGGAUGUGCUGAUGGCAACCAAAAUGAGCCUCACACAAAAUCUACAGACAAAUGAGAUGAAAGAUGGUGGAAAGAUCACGGUGAUGGCGUGGAUAAAUGAUGACAACACCUCGCUGGUGGACAUUCAGAGGGAGAAGGGAUCUGACGGUGCUGCAGCUGAGAAUCUGCGCUCGAGACCCAAGUCCCUCAGCAGACACAAGGACAUCCUGAAGACCUACUUCGACAAUGUCAUCAGCAAGACAUUCCGCUUCGCCACCAACAACGACAGUCACGUUCUCCAGGUGCAGGAGAAUAUGGCAGAGAGUAAAUGGACGUUGGACAUCCCUGCCAAGUUGCUGAAGCUGUGGAUUGAUGAAGAGAAGCAGCGGAUAUCCCUGCUGCAGGACCUGGGGGAGCUGUCGACUGAGUGGGGCAAUGUUCGCCAAGAAAUGACCGACUUUUGCAUGAGUGUGGUGACUACAUAUACCCAAAACAUCUCCUACUUAACUGCAUAUACAGGUCCGAGCUUCAAACCGAGCUGUGAGAAGGACAACAAAGAGUUGGAGUUUAUCCCCGUCAACCUGCACGUCCAGCGGAUGACCGUUGCCUCAGAGGGCAGCGACCAUGGUAAAGUCUACGAUGUGCUUACACAUGGAGCUUUUACCGCAUUUUGUCAGAAGUUUAAGAAUGGAGGUUUAAGAAAACUGCUGCAGUAUCAGAAGGACUUCUACUCCUCUCAGAGCACGCUAGGGUUCCGGACCAAGAUGCAGCAGGCCUGCUCCCUGCUGAACGAGAUAGCCAAGCUGAAGACGGACAUUAACCAUGGCUGUGAGAGGCUGUGUCACGCGGCCCUCCAGGGAACCGACACACUGCUCCAGACGGAGAUGCAGUCACUCACAGAGAUUGUGCGUGAGCUCGUCCGGCUGUGUGAGGACCCAAUCUUACAACUAUCUGCAGAGAAAUACAUGCAGGCAAAAUCUCCCUCCAACACAGGGGAUGGCCUUGACCUUGCAGCCUCCCUGGGACACAUGAGUAAUGAUGGCCGCAAUCAAGGUGAUAGAUCUCCAGAAAAAUCCUGGAGGUGGUCAGGAAGUAACUUUGUCAGGAGUCCUACUGUGGAACCUUGGGAAGUGACUCGUCUCAACCUGGAGGCAGCCAUAGUGUGUCUGGUGUCAAAGGUUGAUGAACUGGUGACCAACAUGUCAUCCUCAGGACAGACCACCAGCUGGCUGAGUGAGCUGAGUCCAGCGGUCAUCAAGCUCCAGAGCUUUGUGGAGAUAGUGUCCAGUCGGGCCACUCUCUUCCUCACUUUCCUCUCCCUCAUGGAAAACAAGGACCACGUGAAGCUGAUGCACAUGAUCAAGAACAGGAGAGACGUAGUCACAGCACAUGCCAUCACAACACUUGUGAGUGGUUUGGCUGUCAACAUACAGACCAACUGCAAGGAUGUCAAGUACCUACAACAGCUGAUCAACCACGGGGUGAUGGCUCAGUUCGAGUCACUGUUGAGCUGUUAUGGUGAGGAGCUCGCUAUGUUGGAGGACAUGACGGUGGCUGUGGAGGACCUGGCCAGUGUCACGUUCUGCUUCGUGGAGGCAAAGGAUGAUGUCUAUGAAGCUGUCCUGUCUCUGCAGAACUCUAUCAAGGGAGGCAUGUUUCCUGAUAUAAACAGACACUGCAUCCAUGUGGAGAUACCAGUCCCACCCCAAACAUACAACAACCUUCCCCCCAAGUUGAAACAAGGGAACCACAUUAAGGUGGUGCCGGUCAUCUUUAGCAUCGGCAUCAAUGAACAGGCCACCCUGGCUGAAAAGUUCGGCAACACCACCCUACAGGAGAGAGUUAAUGCAGAAAGUGUGGCUAAAGUCUUCAAUUAUUUUGAGAAAUAUGUGGAUGACUUUGGGAAAGCAGGUGAGCCGCAAACGUCUGUAUCUCAGCUGACCAAGCAGCUCCAUACCAAUGUGAUGACGAAGAAAAGCAAGAAUGUGGAAGUGCUCCACCUGGCAGCAGAGGUGUGCCGCAAGCUGAAGGGAGUGAGGUUUGCAUGCUGUAAGAGCGGCAAGGACCGGACCUCCAUGUCCGUCACCCUGGAGCAGGUGCAAGUUCUGCAGCAACAACACGACCUGGCAUCCCACGUCUUCUGGCAGUCACUUGACUGCUUCAGGAGUGUUGGCUGCAGGCGAGAUAAUACACACAAGAAUACUGGUGUUAGGAAGUAUGCCUUCAACAGCCUGCAGAUGCUGUAUGUACCUAAGCUCUACCGGGCACCCAAUGGAACUUACGGGAACAUACAGACUUGAUGUGCCUUGGGUACAUAGCAGAGAUAAGGUGUCUCUCAGGCACAUCAAGUAUCCAAGACUGAUCACCACAUGGUACCCAUGGCAACAUCUAAACAUAGCUAUGUUCACACCUGUUAUCACUCACUUCUCACAAUGCCAAAGGUACACUUCAUCCUGUUUGAUGUUUACUUUUAGUAAAUUAUUUGGAAUUCCAAUUGUUUCCACUGUUGAUGCAUUGAAAACCACUGUGGCAUCUGAUUCUUAUACAUCAUUAACCAGUUUAUUCAUGAUCCUGAGUACAUGUAUCUAACUCAAAUUGUGACAGGCUUCUAUAAUUUGUUAAUGUUGUUCUCCUUCUUGACUGUUAGGGAAAUGUGUUUCAUUGCCUUAAUAUUGAAAAGUUUGAAUUCAAAUCUGAUUUCAUUUGUAUCAUAUAUACCCCUGUUAAAUUUUGUUCAUGAAUAUUUUGUGAAAAAUGUCUCUCUGACAAUGAUGUCUUUAUUUGAAACAAAAUGUGGUGUCAUUUAUGUAUUGAUGCAGAAAUAGAUAGCAGCCAUUUUAUUCACUCAAUCCACAUCUUAGGCCCAGGGCACCUGUCCUGCCCAAGAAUCAAAUGAAUGGGGAAUGAACAAUCCCGGGUUCCACUUGAUAUUGUCAUCAUGCUUCUUGACAGCCUUGCCCUCAACCUGUGAAGAUCCAGGUUAGAAUAGGUCUUCAGCAACCCAUGCUUGUUGUAAAAGACGAAUAAUGGGAUCGGGUGGUCAGCUUGCUGACAUUGGUUGAUACCUGUCAUCAUAUCCCAAUUGCUUUGAUUGAUGCUUAUUAUAUUUAUCACUGGAUUGUCUGGUCCAGACUCCAUUAUUUACAGGCAGCUGUCAUAUAGCUGGAAUAUUGCUGAGUGUGGAGUUAAACAACAAACUGUCUUGCCCUCAAACAUGAUCUCACAAUGAUUUGUUGCAAAAGUGUAGUGUAUCGUGGACAUAUUAUUUAUAAACUUAGAUUUUCUUGCAAUAGAAUUAUGAGGUAUUUCACAAGAACUUGGAUGCUUGAUGCGUUUAGAAUUGGAGAAAGUUACCUUGACCUUCAUGAUUGAGGAAUGAAGGUUGGACAGGACUUACCGGUAGUUAAGUAUUACAUACUUCACUAUUUGUUUACAAUGGUUCAUGUGUUUACAUUUUGGCAAAUUGUGGUUUCCAUUUAUUUCAUUUCUGUUGUUGAUAUAUGACAGAGAUUUCUCCUCAGACAUUAAGUGAUAGUAUACAAAGACACAUGAUUGCACAUCACUACAACAUCACAUGGUCGUAUGACAAGUUCAGUCUGUGUAAUUCAAGACUGAAAUGCAUGUAUUACCUAGACCUAGCAUAUUGCCAUUCAAGAUCACUUGUACAGACACUGGAACUAGUGUACAAGGCUCUGUGUUGUUCACUGUAUGCUGUGCCCCUCCAAAUGUCUUUCACACUUCAUGUUACUGUCAUUGUGGUUAAAAAAAGUAUUGAUUUUAAAUUUAGUUUCAUGGCAAAUACUCUGUAUGUAUGUUAGGGGCCUGUGGGUGGAGAGGUUGAGCAAAAUUCUCUGUGUGAAAUUUCUUGAGAAAAAACAAAGUUUGGUGGGAAAAAUUGGGGAACCCACCUGCUCCCGGCUGUGUGUUUAUUUUCAGUGCAAUAAAGUAUACAAAUAGUUUAUUAGGGUACAUAGAAAGUAAGCACUUAUAUUUACUUUUUCCCUUUAAGUACUUACUUAUGUAGACAAGUAGGUAUAUGAAACGAUGUGUUUCAAAUACUGAUUGUAAGACAACUGUUUCUUUACCAUGGUACCCAACAACUAUCAUGUUCCUGUCGCCUUACAAUUAUUCUAAAGAAUCUAACGAGACAGUAUUAUGCUUUCUGGGUUCUUCAUCUCAGAAUGUAAUGCAAUGCAGAAUGCAAAACUGUUGGUCAUUUUGAAUGGACCUGCUGUAGUUCUGUACAGUUUGUGUACAAAGCUACAUGUAAAUGGACUGUGGAUAUACCUGUCACGUAGAUGCAGUGCAAUAUAAAAUCAAAGCUCCAUGCACCCUGAACUUGUCUCCCAGCAUUGGACUGGUAUUGGAAUACCACACAUAUGUGCGUGCGUGCGUGCGUGCGUGCGUGCGUGCGUGCGUGCGUGCGUGCGUGCGUGCAUCUGUGCGUGCAUGCGUCCGUGCGUGCGUGCGUGCGUGUAAUGUAUGUAUGUAUGUAUGUAUGUAUGUAUGUAUGUAUGUAUGUAUGUAUGUAUGUAUGUAUGUAUGUAUGUAUGUAUGUAUGUAUGUAUGUAUGUAUGUAUGCCAUAAAUGAACCAUUGUACAUGACAGACAAGAUCAGUCGUAUGAAUUUGAGUCAAGUAUUAUGAAGGUCAUACUCUUAAAGUAUCAGCUAUGUUAGAACAUCUUCAUCUGAUUCUUUUCAUGUUGGUGCAAGGGGAGGAGUGUUUGUGUGGGGCUGACAAGGGUUUCUGCUGUAAUUGGCCAAAAAUUCAAAGCUAUUUUAAUGUUGUUAUUUAUGGUCUUUUCUGCUAAAUGAACAUAAUUUGAGACAUUCUUCAAAACUGUCAUUACACUAAUUUGCUUAUUUGACAGAAACCACUUAGUUGUUUCAGUAAGGAUGAGUACAUAUGUCAGUUCACAUCACAUUAUGGUGGUACAAGACCUGUGAAAAUCCGGGGUAGAAUAGGUCUUCAGCAACCCAAGCUUGCUGUAGAAGGCAACUAUGCUUGUCGUAUUCAGCGACUAACAGGAUCGUGUGGUCAGGCUCACUGACUUGGUUGAUGCAUGU